AUAUUACCGAAUGGAUCCUAUGCACUAGUUUGUGGAGAUUACCAAAUGGAUCCAAAUGCUCACUCAUAACUAUCACGUCCAAACAUUGCGGGAAAACAUACAGGAUUUAUCGGCCCCUUUCCUGCAACAAUCAGCAUCCAUAUUUUCCUGAAGCUGGAUUCAGACAAUUGGAGACUUGACGACGGUGCAAUCCCUGAGCUUGUGCCAAUUGACUCAUGGCCAUUAACACCGAUAAGGACGAUUGGGGAGGAGUUGGCAGCAAUGACUCUGGAGAGCGAGCGUGGCUCUUGCAGAGUCCCAGCAUGGACUCGGAGCAGCAUCUGGAAUCGGAGAGGUCGACCGGCAGCGUGUCGUCCUUGGGAGCGGUCUUCAUCGUGGUGAAUGCGGCUUUGGGAGCGGGUCUGCUCAACUUCCCGGCAGCCUUCAAUAUGGCAGGAGGGGUUGUGGCAGGAGUCUUGCUUCAAAUGUUCAUGCUGAUCUUCAUCAUCACUGGUCUGGUGAUUUUGGGUUACUGCUGUCAGGUCAGUAACGAGAGCAACUAUCAGGAGGUGGUUCGAGCCACCUGCGGAAAAGUCACGGGAGUCCUUUGCGAGGUGGCCAUCGUGGUCUACACGUUUGGCACUUGCAUCGCUUUCUUCAUCGUCAUCGGAGACCAGCUGGAUUUCCUUCUUACAGUGGUGUUCCAUGACGGCUCAGGCAGUGGCUUGUGGUACACCAGCCGCAAGUUUACCAUCGUGGUCACUGCAGUUUUGGUCAUUUUGCCGUUGUCCAUCCCAAAAGAGAUUGGCUUCCAAAAAUAUGCCAGCGCAUUGAGUGUGAUGGGUACCUGGUAUGUUACCAUUGUGGUGAUUGUCAAAUACAUCUGGCCCGAUAAAGAAAUCAUGCCGGGGAUUGUUCCCAGCAGUUCCACCUGGACUGCAGUUUUCAACGCCAUGCCAACUAUCUGCUUUGGGUUCCAGUGCCACGUCAGUUGCGUGCCGGUGUUUAACAGCAUGAGCAAGAAAGCGCUCAAACCCUGGGGGCUUGUUGUUACGCUCAGCAUGAUUAUCUGCCUCUUUGUUUACACAGGAACAGGUGUUUGUGGCUUCCUGACAUUUGGUUCCAGUGUCAGCCAGGACGUGCUGAUGUCAUAUCCACCCAACGACAUCGCCGUGGCGAUCGCCAGAGCGUUCAUUAUCGUCUGCGUGGUAACCUCGUACCCUAUUUUGCAUUUCUGUGGCAGGGCUGUUAUUGAGGGUCUGUGGUUGCGCUGGCGGGGCGAGCAGGUGGAGGUGUGCGUGCGUCGCGAGCAGAGGCGGCGGAUCAUGCAGACCAUUCUGUGGUUCGGCAUCACCCUCGUUCUCGCGCUCUUCACGCCGGACAUUGGACGUGUCAUCUCGCUCAUCGGAGGAUUGGCAGCCUGCUUUAUCUUUGUAUUCCCAGGUUUUUGUCUCAUCCAAGUCAAAUUGUUGGAGACGGACAGUCGAUCUGCCAGCUGGCACGGACUGGUGAUCUUUGGUAUCAUCAUGGUUACCCUCGGAGCUUUCAUCUUCGGCCUGACCACGACUAAUUCCAUCAUACAAGAUGUCAUCAGCUAAAGGGAACAUUUCUGUCCCGGCCUGUGGACAUUGUUCUACACUGAGUAAGACUUGAGAGAAGCUUCUCACGACUCUUUUAAUUAGUUUGACCUCCACUUGACUUCACAUUUGUACUACAGUGCCAAGGGUGAAGAUGUGUGAAGAUUUCCCAGAUUACCAAAUUCCAUGAUGUUAAUCUGCAUUUGAAGUAGUUUUUUUUCCAAAACUGUUCAUCCUGGGACCAGGUUUACAAGGGAUAAAGGGACCUUGUAUAGAGAAAAGCUCACAAUGAAAUAGUGAGGUUGGUGGAUAUAAAUCCAACCAAUUUGUACAUUUUAAACUGCAUGUCAGAGUGAAUGUUAAUCAUUGAAGAAGCGCAGCGGUUCAGUCAUCAAAGUCCAGGCGAGAGACUGUUUGCAAUUCAAAAUUUGAUGGAUUUGCACUCUCUGAGGUUUUAACUGGGUAAUGUUCAUUCUUCGACAGUCGUCUCUUAAUUCUAUCAUAUUUGGGCAGUUUUAGCACAAAACUAAAUAACUGGGGGGGGGGGGGGGGGCUGGUGAAUAGGUUUCUUUGAAUGUAUGCAAAAGCUUAGCAUUUAUGAAGCCAUAAUACAAGAUACCAGUGCACGAUUCAAGUAUAUUGACUUAAAUCGUUGCUUAUUAUAGUUGUAAUUUUGCUGAGGCUCAAACCAAAGCUUGAGAUUUUCUUUUCGAGCUCCUUUGACAAAAACACUCAACACUACAUACGGCCAGUGGAAUUAGGCUGUACUUUUCAAAGCAAUAUUUUCAGUUAUAGUAUGGUCUGAAAGGGAUUUUUUUUUUUACAUUGUGUAUCCAAAGAAGGGAAAAUGAAAUUUGUGUCAUAUUUUGAUUAUGAACUUUCUUUUUGGUGCUGCAGUUCAUUGAAUCACAUGAAUAAAUAGCUGCAAUAAUGAUUUUGACUUUUUUCCUCCCCAAAAUGCACAUGUUGUCUAACAUGGCAAAUAAACCUGAAAAUGAAAACAA